AUGAUGUUUCCGACUAAAGCCCCUCGCGUCGACAGAGAUGUUCUCGCGUCCGCCUCUCAUCUAACGAAUAAACAUGGCCCUUGGUGGCAUGAUCGAGGAUUGCUCAAACUCAAUCUUCUUAUCAUGAUACCAUUGAUGAGUGAAUAUGUGCAGGGUUAUGAUGCCAGUCUCAUUAACAACGUGCAGCAGUUGAAGAGUUGGCAGAAUGAAUUCCAUAACCCAAAGGGCUCACUCUUAGGUAUUUUGUCGGCGAGUUAUUGGGUGGGAAAUGUCUUGGGAGUAUUCUUUAUCACGCCGCUGAGUGAUAGAUUUGGCAGAAGAAUGGCGCUGUUCUUUGGUAGUGUGGUUGCAAUACUUGGGACAGCUCUUUGCACCGGAGCCAUUAAUGAUGGAGAUCAGACGUAUAAUGAGAUAUGGAAAGGAGAUACAGAAGAGCGUUAUGAAAUAAAGGCUGAUGAAAACUUAGCUGGUAUGUUUAUUGCCGGCAGACUUCUAUUGGGGAUUGGAGGAGUGGUCGUUGGGGCCAUUGGACCUGUACUAGUAGCAGAACUUGCAUAUCCGGAUCACCGUGCAACCGCCACUGCGCUCUCAAACACCCAAUACUCAAUGGGCUCGAUAAUCGCUGCCUGGGUAACUUUUGGUACAUUUCGAUUGAACUCCACAUGGUCAUGGCGCAUUCCCUCAAUCUUUCAAGCUUUGCCCUCUGUCGGCCAGGCACUUGGUAUUUUCUUUCUUCCCGAAUCACCUCGUUGGCUUGUGAGCCAAGGUCGUGAAGAUGCUGCUUUGGAUGUACUAUCCAAGUAUCAUGCCAAUGGAGAUAGAGAAGAUGAGAUUGUACAGUUUGAAUACAGGGAGAUAGUCGGAACAAUCGAGUUGGAGAUCUCAGCAAAGCAAUCGAGGUGGAGUGAAAUGUGGAGAGGUAAAGGAAACCAAUGGAGAAUGUUUAUUAUGAUUUUCUUCGGAAUCUGUAAGCAAUGGUCAGGAAAUGGCGUAGUAUCCUAUUACCUACAUACAAUGCUCGACGACGUUGGAAUCACAACUACAUUCCAACAAACCCUCAUCACUGCAACCUCCCAAAUGUUCUCCUUUGCUUGUUCUGUCGGCUUUGCGUUUCUACCCGCUCGAGUAGGUCGUCGACCUCUUUUGCUCUGGUCAAUGGGUCUAAUGUGGCUUGUCUUUACAAUAAUCACCAUCCUUACUGGCGUGUUCACCCACACUGGAUCAAAAUCCGCUUCUUAUGCUUCGGUUGCUUUUAUAUAUCUGUACAGCGGAGUACACAAUUUGGGAUGGACAGGUGCCAUGAUGCUUUAUGUGGUCGAGAUUUUGCCGUACACGUUGCGUGCCAAAGGUAUUUCACUAUUUUGGUUAGUCACUGGCUUAGCGGGUGCAUUCAAUACCUAUGUGAACCCGUUAGGUCUUGCAAGAUUUGGUUGGAAGUUCUAUUUCUUCUAUGUGGCAUGGAUCGCCGUCGAAUUUGUCGUGGUGUACUUUGCUUGUCCUGAAACGAAGGGAACGAGUUUGGAAGAUGUGGCUUUAGUCAUUGAGGGAAGCGAUGCCAAAGUUAGCAAGAUGAAUCCAGUGAAAGAGGCGGCUCCCAAGAACCUACCACCCGCAGCCAAGCAAGCAAAGAUUCUGGAGUGGUUUCGAACCUCCAUGGGAGUCUAUUCCUUCAAAGAACUUGAGAAACUACUCCCAUCUGUCGGCUCGAUCAAUGGCAUGCUAGUGAAAGAAUACAUCCAAGCGCUCACAGACGAGAAUUUAAUCCGAGUCGAGAAAAUUGGAAGUGGCAAUUGGUAUUGGUCAUUUACUUCAGAUGCCAAGAAGAGCAAAGAAAAUCUGAUCAACAAAUUGAAGGAUGAGGAAACUAAAUUAUUGGCUUCAAUUGCGGUUGCUGAACAAGAGGUUACAAAGGAAAUGACAAAACGUCAAGAGGACGAUGAAAUGCUCCUUGAUGGUGGAUCAGACAGACACGCUUUGAUGGACGCUUAUGAGGCUCUUGUGAAGGAGAACGACGCUCUUGAUAAGGAAUUGGCUCUCUACAGUGAUAACGAUCCUGCUGAGAUCUUUCGAAAAUCGGAGGAAACAAACAAACUUAAGGAGAGCACUUUAAGAUGGACCGACAACCUUGAAUCACUUGAAUCAUUCUUGGUCAGCUUGACGGGAGACCGAGCUCAAGCUGGAGAGAUCAUGUAUCGAGCUUGUGGUGAGGACUAUGUAGUCGGGGAAGGGUUGAAAGAAUUAGCGGUCCCAAAUUAG